UUCUGCCAUGGAGUCACCACCGCCUGGGCCUGGACGAUCUCCACAGUAGAGUAGAGGUGCGCGAUGCAAAUUGCAAUUAUAGGCUUUGGGGGUAACUUUCGACAGGUGGCCCCGCCUCGUUCGAUACAGCGCACCGCCAAUUUGCCUGCGUCAAUGUCAAUGCUCCGACCCGCUUGCUGAAGCAACAGACCGACCCUUUUGUUUUGAUGUCGAUUUCAUGUUCCAUGAUCUGAUUAAGAGAACCCCUCCUCGUAUAUUCUCGUGCUUGUCCGUUGCCCUCUCCCAAUUUCGUGUUUUUUCUUCUCUUUUUUUGUUUUUCCGGUGAGGAUUUUGGCAAUCACAAACCCUAUUCCCGCCCCUCCACGGGGCACCGUUGUCUCGCAUUGAUUGCGUGGAAUUCGACCGGAAAAAUCUGUUUGGGGAUGUUCCUUUCUGAAGUCUCGUGGGACUUACGAGUAUGAAAUUUGAUGAAAAGAAGGAAGAAAGCGUGAUCGAGAGCUCUUAAAAGGAUGUGGUUUUCCUUUUGGAGAUCCCGGGAUAGAUUUUCUUUGGAUGAACUCAGAUUUUUAAUUGAUCAACUGAUGAAAGUUCAACUUGUGAAUGAGGUCAACAAGGAUUUUGUGAUUGAGGCUUUGAGAUCUAUUGCAGAGUUGAUAACCUAUGGUGACCAACAUGAUCCUACCUAUUUUGAAUUAUUUAUGGAGAAACAGGUCAUGGGUGAGUUUGUACGAAUAUUAAAAAUUAGUAGAAUCCAAGUUAUCUCACUCCAGCUGUUGCAGACAAUGAGUAUAAUGAUCCAGAACCUAAAAUGUGAACAUUCCAUAUAUUAUAUGUUUAGCAACGAGCAUGUUAACUAUCUCAUAUCUUAUCAAUUUGACUUCCGAAAUGAGGAGCUGUUAUCUUACUACAUAUCCUUUCUGAGGGCAAUAAGUGGAAAACUGAACAAAGAUACAAUUUCUCUCCUUUUCAAGACACAAGAUGAUGAAGUUGUCUCAUUCCCCUUGUAUGUCGAGGCAAUACGGUUUGCCUUCCAUGAAGAAAGUAUGAUUCGAACUGCUGUGCGAGCUUUAACUUUGAAUGUCUAUCAUGUUGGAGAUGAUGCUGUAAACAAUUUUGUAUCGAAGGUCCCUCAUACGGAUUAUUUUGUGAAUUUGGUCAAAUUUUUCAGAGAUCAGUGUAUCCAUUUGAACCAAGUAGUUUCAAAUGCUUCAAAGAAUACAAGUAUUGAAUCCACUUCACCUGUUCUUUCUUCUGUGGAUGAGAUUGAAGAUAAUCUCUAUUACUUUAGUGAUGUUGUUUCUGCUGGAAUUCCUGAUGUUGGGAGGAUAAUAAUGGACAACGUUUUGAAGCUUUUGGUAGUCCCUAUUAUUCUUCCUUCCUUGAGGAUUGGGUCACUCAAUGAACAUGGGCUUGGUGCUGUUACCUCUUUAUAUUUGCUUUGUUGCAUUUUGCGCAUUCUCAAAAUCAAAGAUCUGGCAAACAUUGUUGCAACUGCCCUUCUAUGUUCUCCACCAACCUUCUCUGAAAAUUCUGAAGCUAAGCUCAAUGGCAAUAUGUUGGACCAAGGUUCUUCAGAUGCCCAAAACCAUGAAUCGUGCAGGGAUGAACAUAGUUCAGAGGCAAAUUAUGAAAGAUCUCAAGCUAGUGUUAUUUCAUCUAGCUCUUCUCAAAACUAUCGACCAUCUUCCAUUCUGGUUCACGAUUGUCAUAAUGCAUACUUAGCUCCAAGGGAGGCUCUGCUCUCAUUUAUUUCCAGUGGAAACGAUGUUCAAGUUUCAGGUUCAUUAUGUGUCCUGGCUACUUUAUUGCAAACAAAAGCUGCAGAGCUUGAUGAAUUAAUGGUUGAUGCUCUUGGCAUACUUCCGCAGCGGAAACAACAUAAGAAGAAGCUUCUGCAAGCCUUGGUUGGGGAAGAUUCUGGGGAAGAACAACUUUUCUCAUCACAAAGUAGUGGUGCUAGAAAUGGAAUCUGUAGUGACCUUGAUAUUUAUCUGCAAAGGUUGAAGGAUUACACUGGAGUUUCUUCUGGAGGCCUAGAUGUUGGAGUGAGUCCUCGUAUGCAUAGAUUUCAAGUACUUGAUGCAUUGGUAAGUCUGUUUUGCCGUUCAAAUGUCUCGGCAGAGACACUUUGGGAUGGUGGUUGGCUUUUGCGUCAAUUGUUGCCUUACAGUGAAGCAGAGUUUAACUGUAAUCAUCUUAGAUUACUCAAGGAAUCAUUCCGCCAUUGCACUAAUUGUGUGCUGGAGGAGACCGCAGGGACUUGGUCUGAUCAUUUGGUGGCAGUUAUUUGCGAUGAGUGGAGAAAGUGCAAAAGAGCAAUUGAGGCUUCUUCUCCUCGUAAAGAUCCAAAGUUGAUGCUCUUGUCAUCAUACAAGGCCCCCUCUGAAGAGUUUUCUUUGUCUGUUUUCCUUCGUCUUCCAGAACAUGCUUCCACUGAAUCUUCCUUUGUUGCUGGUGAAAGAAUGUGUGAGACAGUGAAGGUAUUUGUACUGCUUCAUCAUCUCCAUAUUUUUUCGCUUGGUAGAGUUUUGCCAGAUCAACCUCCUGUACUCACUUCGGAGGAAAUUGCUGAGAACUCCAGGGGGAGGAAAGCUGGUGUAAAUGCAUCAGGAAUGAAACCAAACACUGAAAUAAAUCUUGUGGAUGCUCUUCCUUGUCGAAUUGCAUUCGAGAGGGGCAAGGAACGGCAUUUUUUCUUCCUUGCAGUUUCUUUCGGAAACCCUGGUUGGCUUGUACUUGCAGAAGAAUUCCCUAUGAAACCUCGCCAUGGAGUUGUUCGUGUUGUUGCUCCUUUGGCAGGAUGUAAUCCCCGGAUUGACGACAAGCAUCAGCGGUGGCUGCACCUCAGAAUUCGUCCAUCCUCAUUCUCCUUAGCAGAUGCGGCAGCCAAAGGCCAUGGCAAAGUGAAAUCCAAACAUUUGGUAGACGGACGGUGGACCCUGGCAUUCCGGGAUGAGGAUUCUUGCAAGCGCGCUUUGGAUAUGAUUCUUGAAGAAACCAAGUUGCAGAGCCAACAGGUGCAGAGAAGUCUACAGCCGUUGCUUGAAUUUGAUCGAAAUCUGAAACCUGCUUCUGAUUCUUUCGACGGUGGUGGUACUGGUACAACUUCGUAACACCCGAAUUCUUGCUUCUUUGAGAGUGGUUUUUUCGCCAUAUUUUUUGUUUUUCUGUGCAUGAAGAAGUAGAGGGCUUUCUUGCAGCCAUCCAUUUCCAUUUGUACAUUUUUCUUCCCAAAUGAUAAUAUCAUCAUCCAUCCUUAGGUAGAUAGACAGUCUUAGGAUAGAUGUAUUUAGUGGGCAUUCUUUGUACAUACGAUACGAUACAAUCCCAGACAUAUACCCACGCCUGCCUUUUUAUUUUUAUUUUUUACCCAAUUCAAGUAUGUGUAACAUCUCUCUUUCAUAUACAUAUAUACAUCUUAUCCGAGCUAAUGAAAGCCAUAAAAAUGAUUUUAUUUUA